ACUGGCCAACCAACGUGCAUGCGUACUUGUCUCUCCACUGUGAAGCGUGAACCCAUCAAAUCCUUUCUGGGAACGUCUGCAUUGGCAUUAUAAUACGACCUUCCUUGUUUCAAUUGUGGAUUUACUCUUGCAGUUUGUUGUCGUUUGAAAUAUCAGCGCGUGUCAUAAGCCACCCAGAAGGGAAGGCUACAUUUUAUGCCAAGUGAAUCGCAUUCUGCGCGGUGUAUUUUUUUGUCAGGUCUGAUAUAUCCGAUCUCAAGCCGAUAACUUUCAUCAACACACGAGUUGAGUGGAGGAGCACAUUAAUGCGUACAGUACACGGACCUACUUGCCAUAAGGACAUCUGUCAGAAUCAAAAUAAUGUUUUUGCAGUGAUUGUUUUGGUAUCAUUUACCACACUUCCACUGUUGCCAGUCUAUCUAGCACCAGAGUAGCCAAAGUAACGCUUUUUAAAAACGAUUGAAUGAGUCCAGUUGUUUAGAGAAUUCUAGAAAAAUAUGGGAAGCACAGCAAAUGACUCCAAGAAGAGAGACGUGAAGACACCUAGAAAGAAGAGGACGCUUCGAUUGAACAUGCCCGACCUCGGCUCGUUUGCCAUGCCCUUCUUGGAGGGAGAUGCCGACCAUGUGGAUAAGGCCGACAUACAGAAGGAUGAUGGGAGUUGCCACUCAGCCAGCCCGACCAAAGGCUUCUUCACGAGGGGGCCCUUCAGUCGGCCCUCCAGUCCCAAGUCGGCCCCUGCUAGGACCAAGAACAGCCCGGGCUCCCCCAAAACCAUCUUCCCCUACACUUCGUCCCACCAGGACUCCCCACCCAAGUCGCCUCGUCGCCUGAGCUUCAGCGGCAUCUUCCGUUCCUCCUCCAGAGACUCUAACUCCACCUCUCCCGUCAGCAUCAAGCUCUUCUCCAGGGCCAGGAAAGCCUCRGGGAUCUCCUCGCCCCCCUCAACUCCUCCGACGCAGGCCGCCAAGCAGCCGCCGGCGUUCCCGCUGGAGGCCUAUCGGAGCGAGCCGGAGAGGCUGGAGGCACGGAUGCGCUCCUACUCAUCCCCGCCGGACACCGGGCAGCGCUUCAGUCUACGCUGCUCCAAGCCACCCAUGACUCCCUCCGCCCCCAUCGCUAACUCACGAUCACGACCAGUCCACGGUUUAGCUGAAGGCAUGCUGGAGAAACUUGAUCUAGAAGAUGAAGCUUUUGAAGAAUCCGAAAGUGAUAUCUACAUGCGCUUUAUGAAGUCACACAAGUGCUACGACAUUGUUCCUACCAGCUCUAAGCUGGUGGUUUUUGACACUACUCUGCAGGUAAAAAAGGCCUUCUUCGCCUUGGUUGCCAACGGGGUGCGGGCAGCCCCACUAUGGGAGACAAAGAAGCAGAGCUUUGUCGGAAUGUUAACCAUCACAGACUUCAUCAACAUCCUCCACAGAUACUACAAGUCUCCCAUGGUACAAAUAUACGAGCUGGAGGAACAUCAGAUUGAAACAUGGAGAGAGCUCUACCUACAAGAAACCUUUAAGCCGUUAGUGAACAUAUCACCUGAUGCAAGCAUAUUCGACGCGGUGUACUCGCUCAUCAAGAACAAGAUCCACCGGCUGCCCGUCAUCGACCCAGUCAGCGGCAACGCGCUUUAUAUCCUCACGCACAAGAGGAUCCUCAAGUUCCUCCAGCUCUUCGUGUGCGAGAUGCCCAAGCCUGCCUUUAUGAAGCAGACUUUGGAGGAACUAACCAUCGGGACCUACCACAAUAUCGCCUUCAUCCACCCCAACACACCCAUCAUCAAGGCCCUCAACAUCUUUGUGGACCGGAGGGUGUCCGCACUGCCAGUGGUGGACGAGUCAGGAAAAGUAGUGGAUAUCUAUUCCAAGUUUGAUGUCAUUAACCUUGCUGCUGAGAAGACCUACAACAACCUGGACAUCACGGUGACCCAGGCUCUGAGGCAUCGCUCACAGUACUUUGAGGGCGUCAUGAAGUGCAACCGGCUCGAGACACUGGAGACCAUCGUGAACAGGAUAGUCAAAGCAGAGGUCCACAGGCUGGUUGUGGUGGAUGAGAAUGCCCGGAUCGUGGGCAUCGUGUCCCUGUCGGACAUCCUGCAGGCCCUGGUGCUCACCCCUGCAGGUAUCUGCAGGAAGAACAGCCAACCACAACCAGAAGCAGAGGCACCACCAGCAACGUUAGUAGAGGCAGAACCAGAGGUAGAGGUAGCAGCAGAUACAGAACUACAGGAAGAGGCCGAAGCAGAGCGGCACCACCAGAGAUGUUAGUAGAGGCAGAGCCAGAGGU